CGCCUCCGUCACUUAUCGGGGGCUCCCUCCCUGGAGUGCUCAGCUAGCUGCUGUAGCAAAACAACUUCUGAAACAAAGUCACGUUACUCCGUUACGUUACUCUGAAAUCCUGGAGAGGCUGUAACAGGAGGGGACACGAUGCCGACGGUGUCAAAAGCGGACGGGAUGCGCGGCCUGGCUGUGUUCAUCUCCGACAUCAGGAACUGUAAAAGUAAAGAAGCCGAGAUCAAGAGGAUAAACAAAGAACUAGCCAACAUCCGGUCCAAGUUUAAAGGAGACAAAGCUCUUGACGGCUACAGUAAAAAGAAGUAUGUGUGUAAGCUGCUCUUCAUCUUCCUCCUGGGCCAUGAUAUCGACUUCGGACACAUGGAGGCCGUCAACCUGCUCAGCUCCAACAAGUACACAGAGAAACAAAUCGGUUACCUGUUCAUCUCAGUGCUGGUCAACUCCAACAGCGACCUCAUCCGUCUCAUCAACAACGCGCUGAAGAACGACCUCUCCAGCCGCAACCCCACCUUCAUGAACCUCGCCCUGCACUGCAUCGCAAACGUGGGCAGCAGAGAAAUGGCCGAGGCCUUCGCCUCAGAGAUCCCCCGCAUCCUGGUGGCAGGAGACACCGUGGACAGCGUGAAGCAGAGUGCCGCUCUCUGCCUGCUGCGGCUCAACAGGACGUCCCCGGACCUCAUACCCAUGGGGGAGUGGACCGCCCGGGUGGUCCACCUGCUCAACGAUCAGCAUCUGGGCGUGGUAACAGCAGCCACCAGCCUCAUCACCACGCUGGCCCAGAAGAGUCCCGACGAGUUCAAGACCUCGCUGUCCCUGGCCAUAACGCGGCUCAGCAGGAUCGUGACGUCGGCGUCCAUCGACCUCCAGGACUACACUUACUACUUCGUCCCGGCGCCGUGGCUGUCGGUCAAACUGCUGCGCCUGCUGCAGUGCUACCCUCCGCCAGAGGACGCUUCGCUUCGAGGCCGCCUGACGGAGUGUCUCGAGACGAUCCUCAAUAAAGCCCAGGAGCCCCCCAAGUCCAAGAAGGUCCAGCACUCCAACGCCAAGAACGCCGUUCUGUUUGAAGCCAUCGCCCUCAUCAUCCACCACGACAGCGAGCCCACCCUGCUGGUACGAGCCUGCAACCAGCUGGGCCAGUUCCUGCAGCACAGGGAGACCAACCUGCGCUACCUGGCCCUGGAGAGCAUGUGCACGCUGGCCAGCUCCGAGUUCUCCCACGAGGCCGUCAAGACGCACAUAGAGACCGUCAUCAACGCUCUGAAGACGGAGCGAGACGUGAGCGUUCGCCAGCGGGCGGUGGACCUGCUCUACGCCAUGUGUGACCGCAGCAACGCCAAACAGAUCGUGGCCGAGAUGCUGAGCUACCUGGAGACGGCGGACUACUCCAUCCGAGAGGAGAUCGUGCUCAAGGUGGCGAUCCUCGCGGAAAAAUACGCGGUGGACUACACCUGGUACGUGGACACCAUCCUCAACCUCAUCCGCAUCGCCGGCGACUACGUCAGCGAGGAGGUUUGGUACCGAGUCAUCCAGAUCGUGAUCAACCGGGACGACGUGCAGGGCUACGCCGCCAAGACGGUGUUCGAGGCGCUGCAGGCUCCCGCCUGCCACGAAAACCUGGUCAAAGUGGGCGGUUACAUCCUGGGAGAGUUUGGAAACCUCAUCGCAGGCGACUCGCGCUCAAGCCCGCUGGUCCAGUUCGACCUCCUCCACUCCAAGUUCCACCUGUGCUCCGUGCCGACUCGAGCGCUCCUCCUGUCGGCGUACAUCAAGUUCAUCAACCUGUUCCCCGAGGUGAAGGCCACCAUCCAGGACGUCCUGCGCUCCGACAGCCAGCUGCGGAACGCCGACGUGGAGCUGCAGCAGCGAGCGGUGGAGUACCUGCGCCUCAGCUGCAUCGCCAGCACCGACAUCCUGGCCACAGUGCUAGAAGAGAUGCCUCCGUUCCCAGAGCGAGAGUCUUCAAUCCUGGCCAAGCUGAAGAAGAAGAAGGGCUCGGCGAAGCUGCCGGACAUCGACGACUCGCGGCGAAACGUCAACGGCAGCACGGAGCACGGCGGCGACAACGCCGAGCCCGCCAGCAAGUCUCCUCCCUCCCUGUUGGAGGACCUCCACCCCACCGACAGGCCCCGCCCCUCCUACUUUAGCCCCGCCCCGCCGCCCCCUCGGCCAGUGGUUUCCGGCCACUCCUUCACAGACGCACUGAACCUGAACUCGGCUGCCCCGCCGGCCGGCGCCAGUCUGCUGGUGGAUGUGUUCUCUGACAGCUCCUCCUCCACCACCGAGGUUUCAGAGGAGCAUUUCUCCAGGUUUGUUUGUAAGAACAACGGCGUUAUCUUCGAGAACCAGCUUCUACAGAUCGGACUGAAGACUGAGUACCGGCAGAACCUGGGUCGUAUGUACGUGUUCUUCGGUAACAAGACGUCCACUCAGUUCCUCAGUUUCACCUCCUCGGUGUCCUGCAGCGACGCACUCAGAGCUCAGCUCAGCGUCCACGCCAAGGCCGUCGACCCCGUGAUCGAGGGAGGAGCUCAGGUCCAGCAGAUCCUCAACAUCGAGUGUGUGUCCGACUUCACGGACGCUCCCGUGCUCAACAUCCAGUUCAGAUACGGGGGAACUCUACAGAACCUGGCAGUGAAACUCCCGGUGAUGCUGAACAAGUUCUUCCAGCCCACGGAGAUGACGUCCGAAGACUUCUUCCAGCGCUGGAAGCAGCUCGGAGCUCCUCAACAAGAGGUUCAGAAAAUCUUCAAUGCCAAUCACCCGAUGGACUCCGACGUUACCAAAGCCAAGAUUUUGGGUUUCGGUGUGGCUCUGUUGGACGGAGUCGAUCCGAAUCCUGCAAACUUUGUGGGAGCCGGAGUGAUUCACACCAAGAGCACUCAGGUGGGCUGCCUCAUCCGACUGGAACCCAACACACAGGCUGCGAUGUACCGCCUGACCCUCCGGACCAGCAGGGACUCGGUGUCUCAGAGACUGUGUGAGCUGCUCUGUGAACAGUUUUAGCUUCACGCCAGACGAUCGUUUGUACCAUAGUUUGUUUGUUUGUUUGUCUGUUUUUUAAAUUUGUCGAGCUUUCCAUGUAAACGGAUUGAAAUGUAUUUGUGUUUUUGCACACUAACACGUCUCUGCUUUAAACUCUGACUGCGAGCACCUUAGCUGAGCGUCCGCUGCAUUCGGGGUACUGUCUGCAAACGGCGGAGACACGUUUUAAACCCUCACGCUCUGCACUUCAGCACAAGUAAAAACACACAAUCACACACACACACACACACACACUAUUAAUGCCUGCGUGUUCCACACGUGUCUCUCAGGACAGAAGCUGUCUCAGCCGCCGCACGCCACACGCUCACCUUCUGUGAUGCUUUCAGGGGAUUUCUCACUCGAACUUUAAACACUAAGACAAUGUCUGUCGUGACCACGGAUUUCACUCUCAGUGUAUUUUUCCAGAAUGUCUUUCCUAACUCUUCACGAUUGUGCCUGUAAACCUCUGUUCAAGCCUUUGGUGAGACUGGAGAGACGCGGUCCAGUCUGAAGCACUGCCUCACGCCACUCAACACUGCCUCCAGAUUUCAAUAAAGCAGUUUGGUUUUCA